UAAUGAAUGGAAACACGUCGUAGCCAAGAAAGUUGAGCAGAGCAACUCUGAAACUAGCUGGUCUGCGUUUGGAAAUCUAUUUUAAAGUAAUGGAUUGGAAAUUAGAAACUACUUUCUUUUGGAAAAGAAAGCAGCUGCACUUUGAUUGUUACUUUUAAAAGUUUUUUUUUUUUUUUUGAAGGGAAACUACAGUGGAGCUCACUGUAAACCUAAACGCGCUCAGUAAAAUCAGUGUAAAUGGCAUUUUGGGACAGUGAUAGGAGACUACUGCACUAUCAGAGGCUUGUCUGUGGAUUUCUUGGAUUAAUCCUUUAAUGAAACUAUUGGAAUAUUUUUGUUUUGCUUGGAUUUAUCAUCACUGGAAAUAAGAAACUGAAGGAUUCAAGCUGAGGAUAAACAGCCACAUCUGUGAGUGAGGAGGGAAAAAUGGGUAAUAUAGAGAGUGUGGACGGCCAGUCUGAGAUGAAGCAUCACAUCAUGCCUCUGAAGGUCCCCAUGCCUGACUCCAACGAGCUGGAGGAGAAGUUUGCCAUCGUUUUGAGUUCUAUGAACCUGCCUCCGGACAAAGCGCGGCUGCUCAGACAGUAUGACAACGAGAAGAAGUGGGACCUGAUCUGCGACCAGGAGAGAUUUCAGGUGAAGAAUCCGCCUCACACCUACAUCCAGAAGCUACGAGGAUACUUAGACCCUGGAGUCACUCGAAAGAAGUUUCGCAGACGUGUGCAGGAAUCUACAAAAGUCUUGAGGGAGCUGGAGAUCUCACUGAGGACAAACCACAUUGGGUGGGUCAGGGAGUUCCUCAAUGAUGAGAACAGAGGCCUUGACGUCCUGGUGGAGUACCUCUCCUUCGCACAGUGUGCUGUCAUGUUGGAUUUUGAGGGGCUGGAGAAUGGGGAGGAUGGCUUCUUGGAUAAGGCUAAAUCUUGGAGCAGGUCCAUAGAGGAUCUGCACCAUUCCAGCACCCAACCCUUCUGCAACACACUGGUGCGCUCUGCCCGCCAGUCUGUCCUCCGCAAUGGCACAGUUUCCAACAGCAAAACCAUCAAGAACUCCCGCCUCGUGAGCCAAAAAGACGACGUGCAUGUGUGCAUCAUGUGCUUGAGAGCAAUCAUGAAUUACCAGUAUGGCUUCAAUAUGGUCAUGUCUCACGCACACGCAGUCAACGAAAUUGCUCUCAGCUUGAACAAUAAGAACUCACGGACAAAAGCCUUGGUCCUUGAGCUGCUGGCUGCCGUCUGUCUGGUCCGAGGAGGUCACGAGAUCAUCCUCUCAGCAUUUGACAACUUCAAAGAGGUGUGUAAGGAGAAGCAGCGCUUUGAGAGACUGAUGGAUUACUUCCGCUGUGAGGAGGGAAACAUCGACUACAUGGUUGCUUGCAUGCAGUUCAUCAACAUUGUGGUCCACUCGGUUGAGGACAUGAACUUCAGAGUCCAUCUGCAGUAUGAAUUCACCAAGCUGGGACUGGAUGAUUACCUGGAGAAAUGUAAACACACGGAGAGCGACAAGCUGUCGGUGCAGAUCCAGGCCUACCUGGAUAACGUGUUUGACGUGGGUGGUCUGCUGGAAGACGCGGAGACGAAGAAUGCAGCUCUGGAGAAGGUGGAUGAACUGGAGGAGCACCUGUCUCAUGUGACGGAGAAGCUGCUGGAGAUUGAGAAUGACACAAUGAUGAAAGUAGCUGAUCUUGAGAAGCUGCUCCUUCAGAAAGAUAAGGACCUGCAUGCAAUACGGGAGACGUACGAGUCGACCAACACCCAGGUCACCACCCUGAGGAGGGUGAUCAAGGAGAAGGAUGCCGCCUACCAGAGACACUUCAACAUCGAGAGGCGUCUGCUGGAGCUCGAGCAGCAAGGCACCAUCCGUUUGCACAAGAAGGCCGAUGGAGACAUCGCCAUCGAGCCGCUGGUUGUCGGGGGCGGGAGUGGAGUUGGGAUUAGUGGCCUUGGGAUCCCACUGGGUGACAUCAGGCAGCUGUCUUUGGGUUCAACAGCUGGGUUGACCGAACCAGGAGGACCAGACACCAGUUUACCACCAGCCAGUGAAGCCCCUCCACCCCCUCCUCCACCUCCUCCGCCUCCUCCUCCUCUCCCCUCUGUCUCAGGCCACGGUGUACUAAUCCCACCGCCACCUCCUCUCGCUCCACCUCUGCCAGGGGCUUCUCCGUCAGUUUUCCUCAGUGUGGGUCUCUCAGCUAUCAGGAUAAAGAAGCCCAUCAAGACCAAGUUCCGCCUGCCUGUGUUUAACUGGACGGCCUUGAAGCCCAAUCAGAUCAACGGCACCGUCUUCAACGAGAUUGAUGAUGAACGCGUGCUAGAGGAGCUGGAUCUGGAAAGGUUUGAGGAGCUGUUUAAGACCAGAGCCCAGGGUCCAAUUGUGGAUUUCUGCUGCACAAAGAGCAAAGUAGCUCAGAAGGCGGUAAACAAAGUCUCCCUUCUGGACUCCAACCGCUCCAAGAACUUAGCCAUCACACUGCGAAAGGCUAACAAGAGCACAGAAGAGAUCUGCAAAGCAAUAGAGAAGUUUGACCUCAAGGCCUUACCCGUCGACUUUGUGGAGUGCCUGAUGCGUUUCCUGCCCACGGAGGGCGAGGUGAAGGUGAUGCGUCAGUACGAGCGUGAGCGGCGUCCACUGGACCAGCUAACGGAGGAAGAUCGCUUUAUGUUGUUUUUCAGCAAGAUCGAGAGGCUCACGCAGAGAAUGAACAUCAUCACCUUUGUUGGGAACUUUUCUGACAACAUCAACAUGCUCACGCCGCAGCUCAACGCAGUCAUCGCUGCUUCUGCCUCAGUGAAAUCUGCACCAAAGUUGAAAAGAGUGCUCGAGAUCAUUUUAGCCUUGGGGAACUACAUGAACAGCAGCAAGCGAGGCUGCGUUUAUGGCUUCAAAUUACAAAGUCUUGAUCUGCUGCUGGACACUAAGUCUACAGACAGGAAGAUGACGUUGCUCCACUACAUAGCUCUCAUUUUGAAAGAGAAGUACCCUGAACUGGCCAACUUCUACAACGAACUGCACUUUGUGGAUAAAGCUGCAGCAGUUUCUCUGGAAAAUGUGCUGUUGGAUGUUCGAGAGCUGGGGAAAGGCAUGGACCUGAUCCGGAGAGAGUGCAGCCUCCAUGACCAUUCGGUCUUGAAAGGCUUCGUCCAGGCCAGUGACACACAGCUGGACAAGCUGCAGAAGGACGCCAAGACAGCAGAGGAAGCCUUCAACAAUGUGGUGAACUACUUCGGAGAGAGCGCCAAGACGACGCCGCCCUCGGUGUUCUUCCCCGUGUUUGUGCGCUUCAUCAGGGCCUACAAGGAUGCGACGGAACAAAACGAACAGAGGAAAAAGCAGGAGGAAGCAAUGAGAGAAAAGUUACUGGCUCAGGAGGCUAAACAGCAUGACCCCAAGGUCCAGGCACAGAAGAAGAAGCAGCAGCAGCACGAGCUGAUCACAGAGCUGCGCAAGCGGCAAGCCAAAGACCACCGACCCGUGUACGAGGGCAAGGAUGGCACUAUUGAAGACAUCAUCACAGUACUGAAGAGCGUGCCCUUCACAGCCCGCACUGCUAAACGCGGCUCACGGUUCUUCUGUGAAGCCAACCUCUGUGACGACGCCAACUGCUAGCCCUUCCCCCCUAAUGCCAAGGUUGUCCAGAUCUCCGAAACCAGCCUUUCCUACGAGCUGACGCGUUGAUCCGGAGCGGUUGGAAGAGACCCUAAACCACUUAUUCGUCACUUAUACUCCCCUCCCCACUAUAACCUCCCUCCCUGUGUCCCGAUGGUCUAUCUCAACCCUGAGGCUGCAGAUCACAAAGACUGAACGGAGGGACAGGACAGAGCCCCUUGUUAUAGCUGGGUAAUUUAUUUAUUUAUGGAGGCUCUUUUACAGCCACUUAAAGUGAGCGACAUCAUUACAGAAGCACAAUGGGUUACUCGUGUCUCACUGCAAACACAAGACUUUCCCUGCUUUGCUGCCACGGAGAAGCAGACCAGUCGGGAGGAUGACUACAAAACAGGUGAGGUGAGUUGAGGGACUGGUGGACCACAAAGCAGGAAGAACUUUGCUUUCACUAACAAAGUGCCUGGCAACAUGUGGAUCUUAUUCCCCAAGACCAUUAAUUUCCUCAGAUUAUGCAGUCGUAGCAGGACUUAGACUGGGAGUCAGCCAAGGGAAGAUGCCAACUCUGCUGCUGGGAUGUUUGCCUUGAAGAGACUUUGCAAAACAUCCCUCCAAAUAACAGAGAAGCUUCGAUGUUAUAAUGAGACAUUUGGGGACUUUAAGCCAAGUCAGCACAUUCAAUCAAGACUUAUUAUUGACAAUUUAGAUAUCAAUCGCAUGUAUCUGAGAGGAAUGAACAUUGAUUCUACUGGUUCUUUUGUGAACAAGCUAGCCAAACCAAAAUUCAUCCGAUGUCUCAUGUUUUGCUUAAAGAAGUGCCUUUUUUUUUGUGUAAACAGUGUUAUAUUUCUCACGAGUCAGCCAUAAUUUGUUUAUUUUGCAUCUUUCAUUUUUUAAAGAUUGUAUUUUUUACUGCCUUGUUCUAUAACAUUAGUCUUAUAAUACUGACAACAAUAUGCAGAAGUUACAAUUUGCAGCUUUAAAGUCAUGCUAGAAGGUAAGAGGGAAUAAUGAUUUUAAGAUUACUCUUGUAUUUACCUCUUUAGUACAUCAAUGUCUUUACGUGAUUGACAUUUCUUUGUGCCUUGUCCAAGUAGUUCUUAAAAACUGAAUGUUAUAUGCCUUGACGACACUUUCUGUCACACUUUAAGUGACAUUUGGGAAGUGACAAAUGAAUGAAGAAGCUUCCACAUGGACUGCUGAUUAAGGGCCCAGAUGAUAACCUGCUAUAGAUGUGGUGAUGGAUGAAGGACGUUUCCAUUCCUAUGAGGUCUUAAGUUUUAAGCUUUUUUUUUUUUUUUUAUAAUAAUAGAGAUGAUGCGUGCCUCCUAACAUCUGUUUAAACUUACAUGACAUUGGCACAAAGGGAGUGAUACAUCUUUACACUACUUAAUUUGGCUCAAGAUUGUAUGAGACACUAUUCUUUAAAGUUGACAUUUAUAUUAAUGUACAUUCAAAUCAAGAAAUUUUACUUUUUAGAAGAAAUGAUCCAUGAUAUUGACUGAAAGAUGACUCUUCCUGUUUAAUAAAUAAGAGGAAUUAUGUAA